UAGAUGACUGGACACGAAUGGUAGUAAAGAUAGUAACUAAGAGUUUAAAUUUAAGAACUUUCGAAGCAGAUUAGGUUUUUCAUGUUAUGAAAUUUGAGGAGAUAUAGUUCGGCAUGCUACGUAUGGCGGUUAUGUGCCAAUAAGAGAUCCUCACUGGUUUCUCCAGCCAAGGAGUUUCUGCAGUGCAACAUAUAUCCACUCCUAAAGAAGGAAUUAUGCUGCCUACCAAUGUUCUUAUUUGGACGUUUACAUUGCCACAUCCACCUGCCACUGUCAAGAGGGCAACACCAUCUAAAUGUGACUGGGUGACAGAGGGCCUUUCUAUACCUCAUAUCUUUCAGGUUUCUGAAAAUGUUUGCAAAUCUGGCUGUGUUAUCAAUUCCAGCCAAUAAUGAGUACUCAUAACCUCACCCAGCUGGAACAGUUGCAAAAAGCAGCUGAAGAAAGAGCAGCAAUCGUUGCCAAAUAUGACUAUGGUCGAGAAAAGGGGGCCCAGAUUGAUUCUUGGGAAGAUCCAGCAUUUGAAGUAUACCAUGUCACUGAUCGUUAUGGAUUUUUACAUGAUACUCACCUUCCAGAACGACUCACAGCACAUGAAACAAAGGUCAGAGAAAUGGAGAAUGAAAGGUUAAACAAGUGGAUGAAGAUGCUUAAGUCAUGGGAAAAGUACUCAAAUCGUGACAAACUCAAACGAAGAGUUUACAAAGGGAUUCCAAAUGCAGUAAGGGGCGAAGUGUGGGCUAGACUUUUAGACAUCCACCGUGUGAAGCAGGAGCAGGAAGGAAAGUACCAGGAAAUGCAACGACGUGCUAGAAAAUGGUCACCGGAUAUUCGACAAAUAGACUUGGAUGUCAAUCGUACAUACAGAAAUCACAUAAUGUUCCGGGAACGUUAUGGUAGUAAACAGAAAGCUCUGUUUCAAGUUCUCACAGCUUACUCCAUAUAUAAUACUGAAGUAGGAUACUGUCAGGGAAUGAGUCAGAUUGCUGCACUCUUAUUAAUGUAUAUGAAUGAGGAGGAUGCGUUUUGGUCAUUAUCUGUUCUGAUGUCAAAUGAGAAGCAUGCAAUGCAUGGAUUUUUUAUUCCUGGCUUCCCCAAACUUCAACGAUUCCAGAAACAUCAUGAUAACAUACUAACAAAAUUUCUUCCAAAACUAAAGAAGCACUUAGACAAGUAUGAAAUACAUUCAAGUCUCUAUACACUGAAGUGGUUUUUUCAGUGUUUUUUAGACAGGGUUCCCUUUACAUUAACUCUUCGACUGUGGGACAUCUAUAUCCUAGAAGGGGAAACUAUUCUUACUGCCAUGUCUUAUACUCUGCUUAGACUCCAUAGAAAACCAUUAUUAAAGAUGGGAAUGGAAGAUACAAUAGAGUUUUUGCAAGUGAAAUUAGAGCAAGAUUUUGGAUACCAUGAUGAUGCAGCAGUAGAUGCUCUUUCAGCAUCCCUGGAAGAACUACGUAAGCACAAGAUGCACCUUCCGGAACACCCAUCUGUACACGAACUUCCACGACUACCCUUUGGCUUAUUGGCUGAAACACCUGUGGACCAACAGCUUGGUUUAAGAAGCGAAGAAAGUGAAGACAUGGUCAUAAUCAAUGGUGGUCAGUCACCUGUCUGGAAGAAGAAGGAGCUGGUAAAUAGUAAUGAGUAUACUUCAGACAGUGGUCUUCAGAGACAAUCAAGGAACUCUGACAACCUUGAUAAUGAUGAUGCUAGUUCUCUUAUUGACCCUCUGAGUUCAAGAAAUUCUUUUGCAGAAACAUCACAGACAUCUGUAGCAGAUUUAUCUGCUGUUUCUGGUUUCUCUAGCCCUAACACCACUCUGACUCGUCAGCAUGGACGAGGUAGCAACACCUCUCCUCACAGGACCCAUUUUAACCUUGAUCACCUCCAGCGCACCCUUUCACUCUAUGACAAUGUAGACUAUACAGAAAGUGUUAUGGCUGCCAUCCAGCAGUCCCCACCUAGAUCGAGGGCUCAGUCACCAGAUACUGUGAGGAUUUUUGUGCCCUUUGAGCAGACUGAUACUCAACAGGACACUUCUUCUCAUCAGAUUUUUUCUCACAGUCAUUCAGCCUCACCUUCUAAUGGUGAUGUCACCCCCACUAAUCAGGAUCCUAAUAAAAUAACCAUUCAUGUUGGAAUGUAUGAUAUGAUGUCUGGCUUUCCACAAGUUACAUGAUGCAAACUGUACAACCAGUGAAACAGUUUGAAGUUAAUUAACAUUCCACUAACUUAAAGAUCACUCUCAUCAGUAUUAACUUACAGUGACAACCUAAAUUGCAAGACUGUCAAUUUAAGGAAAAUUUUUAUGUCAGUGAACAUUAUUUCAGAUUAGCAAUAACCUGUCAUCUGAAGUAAUAACUUAUAACUUCUUUGAAUUUUUAUGGUUUUUUGUAUAAAUACGGCUAUAGCUAUUUCCUUUAUUUUCAGUCCAAAGUGGACAUUGUGUAUAUUUUGUACAUGUAAAAAAAAACUAAUUUGAAAUCGCCCAAAAUAUGAUUUAUAAUCCUGUGCAGGAAAUGCUCAGAAGCCCAUACUCAAUUUCUCUCUCUAUUCCCCACCCCCUCAACAAAGGGAGUUGAAACAAAAAAAUAUCUAAGAAUGUUUCUUUUUCUGCAAGAGCUGUCUGCAAAUGAAGUGACAACAGAUAUUGUUUACACUGAAUACAUGUAACUAACCACUCAGUGUGUAAUUAAUCCAUAAUAUUUUGUAAAUCAUUGAGACUAAUGUUUUUCAAACUUUAUAUGUAUGUUUUAUAUACAGAAUUAUAUGACUGGUGUAGUGUCACAAAACUCGCCAAUGAUUUGAUUCAGUCUUUGUAGGAAAAUGUCUGUGACAUGUCUUGUUGUUAUAGCUAUGUAAAAGUAACCAUUUGUGAUACUUUGUAUAGCCUUUAUUGUAAUCAUGAAGAAAAUCAAGAAUUUAGAUUUUUUUCAGUACAGCAUUUCUCUACAAAUGCUAACUCUAGGGAUGAAAUCAUGGUUUAUAUAUAUUUAUUAAACUUGUGGUUGUGUUAUUAUAGAUCUAAACUCGUCUCUGUAUAAAUGUGAUUGUACAAACUAAAUAACAUGAGUAACAGUUUCUUUGUGCUAAGUAUUUCUGACUAUAUUUUUGUAUCAUGUACAUGGUGAACUUUGUACUUAUGGUUGGUUGUUAUAACAAAACUAAGGAAUGAUUUUACCAAGAAUGUGAUGUAUGUAUUGUGUGAGAAGUAAAGAAAUCUGCAUCAGUA